CUCCGAAAUGGGGAAGCGAGCCGUUGGAGGACAGUCAUGAUAAGCCUCUCUCUUCCAUCUCCCGCGAAACUCCCUGUGCCUCGUGUGAAACCCAACAACCAACCUUCGCGCCAAAACCUUCCUCCAUCUUCCACGUCCGUCAACCACCGUAAAAGCCGCUUCCACUCCCUCGAGGACCGCCUCGUCCGCCACCUCGAUGCCGGCCACCUCCGCAAAGCUAUGUCAACCCUGGAUAUCAUGUCCCAAGAAGGGACUCAUCCAGACCUCAUCUCCUACUCCCUUCUACUCAAAUCCUGCAUCCGCUCAAAUAAUUUCCAGUUGGGUAAACUCGUCCAUGAUUACUUGACUCAGUCUGGUCUGGAGCUCGACUCGGUCAUUCUCAAUUCUCUUAUUAGCCUCUACUCAAAAUGUGGUGAGUGGGACAAAGCCAACUUUGUAUUUGAAUGUAUGGGAGAUAAGAGAGAUUUGGUUUCAUGGAGUGCUUUGAUCUCUUGUUAUUCUAAUAAUAGAAUGGAAUUUGAGGCUAUAAAUACAUAUAUUGAUAUGCUUAAUUACGGGUUUUACCCUAAUGAGUACUGCUAUACUGCAGUUAUCCGUGCUUGUUCAAACAAAGAUAAUGUUUCUCUAGGAGAAAUAAUUUUCGGGUCGUUGAUGAAAAGUGGUUAUUUUAACUCUCAUGUAUGUGUGGGAUGUGCUUUGAUUGACAUGUUUGUGAAGGGAAGUGGUGAUUUUGACUCUGCAUAUAAGGUGUUUGAUAAAAUGAAUGAGAAAAAUAUUGUUACUUGGACUUUGCUAAUAAGUAGGCUUCAACAAUUUGGCUACUCGAGAGAUGCUAUUAACCUUUUUAUAACGAUGGUUUUGAGUGGAUAUUCACCAGAUAGAUAUACAAUGAGUGGGGUUGUUUCCGCAUGUGCAGAAUUGGGAUUAUUAUCAGCUGGGCAACAGUUGCAUUCUUGGGCCAUAAAAUCAGGUUUGGUUUUGGACGUUUGUGUUGGCUGUAGUUUGGUGGAUAUGUAUGCAAAGUGUACAAUGGAUGGAUCUAUGGGUGAUUCUAGGAAGGUGUUUGAUCGGAUGUCAGAUCAUAAUGUUAUGUCUUGGACUGCAAUUAUUACAGGGUAUGUGCAAAGUGGAGAGUGUGAUAAGGAAGCUAUUGAAUUAUUUCUUGUAAUGAUUGAGGGACAGGUCAAACCGAACCAUUUCACAUUUUCUGGCAUUCUCAAGGCAUGUGCUAAUCUUUUUGAUUUGUGUAUGGGUGAACAAGUUUAUGCAUAUGCAGUGAAAUUGGGGCUUGCAUCAGUUAAUUGUGUGGGGAAUUCUCUUAUUAGCAUGUAUGCUCGGUGUGGUAAUAUGGAAAAUGCUAGGAAAGCCUUUAACAUUCUAUUUGAUAAGAAUUUGAUUUCUUAUAAUACAAUUGUCAAUGCAUAUGCAAAUAGUUUGAAUUCUGAGGAAGCAUUCAAAUUUUUUAAUGAAAUUGAGGAUACAGGAACUCAGGUCGAUGCCUUUACAUUUGCUAGUCUUUUGAGCGGAGCAUCUAGCAUUGGUGCAAUUGGUAAGGGUGAGCAAAUCCAUGCUCUCAUACUGAAAUCAGGUUUUAAGUCAAAUCUUCAUAUUUCUAAUGCUUUGAUCUCAAUGUACUCUAGAUGUGGAGAUAUAGAAGCUGCUUUUCAAGUUUUUAGUGGCAUGGAAGAUCGUAAUGUUGUAUCUUGGACUUCAAUGGUUACUGGAUUUGCAAAACAUGGAUUUGCUGCAAAGGCUUUAGAGACCUUCCACAAUAUGCUAGAGGCAGGUGUAAGGCCAAAUGAGAUCACAUAUAUUGCUGUUUUAUCAGCUUGUAGUCAUGUGGGUUUGAUUUCUGAGGGAUGGAAACACUUCAAAUCAAUGAAUGUGGAACAUGGUAUUGUCCCAAGGAUGGAGCAUUAUGCUUGUAUGGUUGAUUUACUGGGUCGCUCAGGAUGUCUUGAAGAAGCAAUGGAGUUCAUUAACUCAAUGCCCUUCAAAGCUGAUGCUUUGGUACUCCGAACUUUUCUCGGAGCUUGCCGAGUACAUGGUAACAUAGAUCUUGGGAAACAUGCUGCUAAGAUGAUUCUUGCGCAGGAUCCAAAUGAUCCAGCGGCACACAUUCUUCUAUCAAAUUUGUAUGCUUCUACUGGUCAAUGGGAUGAAGUGGCGGAAAUUAGAAAAAACAUGAAAGAGAGAAAUUUGACUAAAGAAGCAGGUUGUAGCUGGAUUGAAGUGGAAAAUAAAGUGCACAAGUUCUACGUGGGUGAUACUUCCCACUCCCAAGUUGUAGAGAUCUAUGAUGAAUUGGACCAAUUGGCUUUAGAAAUAAAGGAAUUGGGCUAUGUUCCAAAUACAGACUUUGUUCUUCAUGAUGUUGAGGAGGAGCAAAAGGAGCAAUAUUUGUUCCAACACAGUGAGAAAAUAGCUGUUGCAUUUGGUUUCAUAAGUACAUCUAAAUCUAAACCAAUAAGGGUUUUUAAGAAUCUUCGAGUUUGUGGAGAUUGUCAUACAGCAUUCAAAUACUUUUCAAUCGCCAGAGGAAGAGAAAUUGUGGUGAGGGAUUCCAAUCGAUUCCAUCAUUUCAAGGAUGGGAAAUGCUCCUGUAAUGAUUACUGGUAAAAUUAGUUGAAGGUAACAUCUCUGGUCUUGGUCUUAUUCUUGAGCUGUUCAGAUAUAGUGCUUGCAAUGCGAUUGCUGAUAGCUUCCAGAUGUCAAGAAUUGUCAUCUCAGUCCUGUUCUUCACUCAAGCCACCAGUUUCUCCCUCCUCUCUUUGACUUUUUCACGUGAAUAUGUUCAAUCUUAUUUUGUUGUCAGCUAUUAGCAAAGGAGCUCGGCGCAAGCUUAUUAUGCAUUUCUAAGAUUUUGAAGCAGAGCACGAUUAUUGUAAAUGAAGUCAUGGGGAUUGUAAUCCAUGAUUCUGCAUUAACUUUAUGUGCAACAUAAUUCUACUUUUUAAUUCUCAGCGGAGGUUUUCAUAUCUAGGCAGCUGCUUUGAAUGAAAACUUGUGGUCUUUUAUUUGAUACCGUUAUAUUUCCUAUCAAGAAGUGAAAAUCACAAAUAACCUACGACAUCCUUAGACUAUUCCUUUCGGACACACUAUAACAGUUAACGAAUUGAACCGAUUCUCUUAGUCCUACUACAAGAAGGAUAAUCCUAAACUGCUCCUCCUACAACAAUGACUUCGGUCCUAAUCUUCAAGCCCUAAACUAUAUAUAGGGAUGUGCCUGUGCCGCUGCCACAUUACUAGUUGAAAUGUUUAGCAAUAUUUCUUGGUAGAGAAAAGAGAGAUUAAGAUGGCGAUAGUUGUUGAUAUCGAUGAUUGUGGGAGCUUCGCUAUAGAAUGGCGGAAAGGGCUAGACAAGCAGCGGGUUAUGAUGAGUUGGCUACAAAGCAGUUGCUGCAAGAAAAUAUUGUGACUGCUCAAGUGCUACGCUUAAGAGAAGAAGCCAGGAGAAAGGAUGACCUAGUUGCUGCUUUUUUAUACCCAAGAAAAAGAGAGGCCAUGGACAACAAGAAGCUAAGAAAACUCAUUCACCUUUACUUCUUUACAUAAAGUUCUCUCAGAACAAGAAGGAAAGCAAGAAGACGAUCGGUCACAAUAACGAUGAUCAAUGGAGAAAAAGAAGUUGAUGAAGAGACCAAACAAGCGUGAGAGAGUUAAUUUUGCAGAUAUGGAUGCAGAGCCACCGGACAUGCCGGUGAAUGGAUGCCUAAAAUUGAAAGAAGAGGUGGUAUUAAUGUGAAGUUGGUGAUAAUGAAGCAGAUGUUUGCUACUAAUGUAAACACUCACCACCAUCAUCUCUCGAUCCCAUUGAAGCAUGUAAGAGAUUCCAAUUUUCUUACAAAUGAUGUGAAGAAAAAGGAAUUUGAGUGAUAUAGAAGAAGGGAUCAUCAGAGAAUUCAAAUAAAACGACAUAAUUCAGCUUUGAUAGUUUAGAGUCAAAAGGGAGAACUCUGGUUGGCAUUGUUUAAGGUGAAUGAUCUAACUCCUAUUUGUCGUAGUGGCAGUAGAGGGAAGAAUGGGGAUGGUGCAACUACAAUCCACACUAAAGUGGUUGAUCGACAAUAAGAUUACUUUUUUAAAAUUUUAAUUACCAUUUUAUCCAUUUAUUUAUACUAUAACAAUUAAAUAAUAUUUUUUUUUAAAAUUUUUAUUACGUCAGGAAAAAUGCUUGGAUGUAUAUAAUAGAUGAUUAUCUAUUCCUUCCUGGGAAAACGCCAUGUCGUUUGGUGCUUGUCACACCAAUGAUCCAAAACCUUUCAAGAUAGAAAAUGGUCCAGUAAACAAUAGUCCAGCAAAUGGGAACUUACGUCCUUCUUCAGCUCUUCUUCGCUAGACCGCCAUCACAGCCACUUCUAAACCCUCACAAAUUCUCCAAUACUACUAGGCCCGUCGCUUCCAGUGGCCCGAAGAACUUCUGGUCUACUUCGUCAACCGGCCCCGUCAGAAUUAAUCUCGAAGAUGAGCUCUACACCGACGGCGAUGAUGGUUUCGAUGAGUUCCGGUUCAGUGAUGGUUCGAAACAGAGGAUCUGGUGGUCUAAUGAAGACGAAAAUAGUUGGAUCGACUAUGAGGAGGAGAAUGAGCUCUGGAUUUUCAAGCACUCAUUUUCUGCAGGUAUUUAGAGCUUUUGGAUGGAUGAUUCCAGCCAUUGGUAUAUCAUUGCUACUAGGAACUGGCUCUAAUGCUUUCUUCAUGGCAUUAGCUGUUCCACUAGGUCAGACAGCACUCUCUCUUGUGAUUGAUAAGGUCUGGGGAACUACAAGCAGCAAGCCUAAACCUAGAACUAGAACCAGGAGGACUAAGAAGAAACCAUUUGUUAGGCCUGCCAGAAGGGAGAAAACAAAUAAGAGGGAAGAAGAAAAUAAGACUCCAGAGGAAAAAGGGAGCUAUGAAUCUUGGACGGCAGCAGAUACUGGUUCGCUUAAAAACAGUGGCAAGAGAGUACAUAAGUUUGGUGGAUGGGAUGAGCUAGAUGAUGCUUAUAAGGUCCCCAGAGGGACACCAAGACAGAAGGCAGAUGAGCUCCCAAAGCAACAAAACAAAAGCAAAUUGAGCCGGACAAGAAGAGUCAGGGACACACCAUUGCUGCUUAGGCUACUGAUUGCUGUUUUCCCAUUCUUGGGCUGGGUUAAGUUACUAUUUUGAUUCUAUUUUUCCCUGGCUUGUAAAAAUUAUACAACCUGUUUGCUUACAAAUUGUUACAGAGAAUCAUGAGCAAUCUUAUGCUUAGAAGGAAGCAUAAAUAGCUCAUGCUUGUGGUGCAUAAGAUACAACCAAUGAUCAACGAGCAGAAGAAUACACCAGCUUGGUUCCUGGAAAGAACCUGUAAAUGAUACUGAAUUUUUUAGCUGCAGGUUAUUUAAUUCUAUUCCUUUGCAAGAAGGGCACCCGUGAUGGUCUUGUUUCAACAAUUAAACUCACGAGCAGGUAUCCCAUGUCCAUGUAGAGCAUAAUCCUAUAACUCUUGUAGUUAUGUAUCAGUAAUAGAUGAUGUCUACCUGAAGAAUUUGAUUGCUAAUAAAGGACAGAUAAAAGUUAACACGUGUUUA